UCAGAAGCCCUAAAACUAAAACUGAAAUUGAAACAGUGAGUUGAAAAACAAAACCCAACUCCACCAAAGUUACAUUCUCUCACUCGGUCUUGUCUUUCUACCAAAAUCGUUUGUAGCCUGGAGCCUGGAGCCUGGAGCUGCUUUUGCUUUGAGAAAUGUUUGUUUGUAUUUAAUAUAAGAAGAAUGUGCGGUCCGGUCAGUUAUACUUUUACUCUUUCUAUUUCUACUUCUACUACUGGUUUAGUUUAGUUUAGUUUAGUUUAGAGUUGUCUCUUUCUUGUAAAUGGUUAUUAUCCCAGAUGAUUUCAGUUUCAGAUGAGCUAUCAUCAUUAUCAUAUCAUAUUCGUUACUCUUUUUUUACAUUAAUUUACACGCUCUCUCCCUCAGUCAUUCUAUUUCUAUUGUAUUGUAUUGUAUUCGGAACCGGUUUGAUUGUUUGGAAAUUGUAAUUGUUUUAGUAUGAAUAGGCUUUUUUAGCUCAUAGUCAUAGGCCAUUAUAGCUAUAGUGACAAUGGAGUUUGAACCUCUGACCCAGCUGGGUAACGAGGUCAUUGAAUUUGACAUGAUUGGUCUCGCUGAUGAUGCCAUGGACAUUGACCACCCUCUCAAUGUUGUUGGUGUCCAUGAUGAUGAAGAUCACCUUCUUCACAAUUCAACUUCAACUACUACCACCAUCCCUCCACCUGACACUAAUCUCGAACCUUUUGAGGGUAUGGAAUUUGAAUCAGAAGAAGCUGCCAAGGCCUUCUACAAUUCCUAUGCCCGCCGUGUUGGCUUCAGCACCCGUGUCAGCAUGUCUCGCCGCUCCAGACGUGAUGGCGCCAUCAUUCAGAGGUCUUUUGUCUGUGCCAAAGAGGGCUUCCGUGUUGACAAGGACAAGGACAAACCUGGCCAUGUUGAUGGUAGGGUCAAGCGCCCCCGUGCUGAAACCCGUGUUGGUUGUAAGGCCAUGUUGGUUGUCAAAAUUCAGGAUUCUCAUUCUGCCAGAUGGGUUGUUUCCAAUUUUGUCAGAGACCAUAACCAUGAGCUGGUCCCCCCAGAUAAGGUCCACUGUCUCCGCUCUCAUCGUCAUGUCUCUGGUUCCGCUAAGUCCUUGAUAGAUACCUUGCAGGGUGCUGGGAUUGGUCCCAGUGGAAUUAUGUCUGCACUCAUUAAAGAAUACGGUGGAAUUAGCAAUGUUGGUUUCACAGAGCGUGACUGUAGGAAUUACAUGAGGAGUAGUCGCCAAAGGACCCUCGGAGGUGACACCCAGCUCCUCUUGGACUACUUGAGAAACAGGCAAGCUGUAGCUGAGAACCCUUCUCUUUUCUAUGCUGUGCAGGGAGAUGAUGAGGAUCAAUGCAUGAGCAAUAUUUUCUGGGCUGAUCCCAAGGCAAGGACUAACUACACUUACUUUGGAGACACAGUUACCUUUGACACCACUUACAGAUCAAACCGCUAUCGAUUGCCCUUUGCGCCUUUCACAGGAGUUAACCAUCAUGGACAGCCUGUGUUGUUUGGUUGUGCUCUCCUCAUAAAUGAAUCUGAGGCAUCCUUUGUCUGGCUGUUUAAAACAUGGCUCGAGGCAAUGUCUGGGCGGCCUCCAGUCUCAAUAACCACUGAUCAUGAUCGGGUAAUUCGCUUGGCUGUUACCCAGGUUCUUCCUGAGACCCGUCACCGUUUCUGCAAGUGGCACAUCUUUAAAGAAUGCCAAGAAAAGCUAUCCCAUGUGCUUUCUGAACAUCCCAAUUUUGAAGCAGAGCUCCACAAGUGUGUCAACAUGACAGAAUCCAUUGAAGAGUUCGAAUCCUGUUGGUUCUCUCUAAUUGAUAGAUAUGAUCUCAGGGAACAUGAAUGGCUACAAACAAUAUAUGUUGACAGGAGGCAGUGGGUCCCAGUGUACUUGAGGGAUACAUUCUUUGCUGAAAUGUCAAUAACACAACGCAGCGACAGUAUAAACUCUUAUUUUGACGGAUAUGUCAAUGCAUCAACAACCCUACAGCUGUUUGUUAAGCAGUAUGAAAAGGCUCUAGAAAGUCGCUAUGAAAAAGAAGUCAAGGCAGAUUAUGAUACGAUAAACACUGCUCCUGUCCUUAAGACCCCAUCCCCCAUGGAGAAACAGGCAGCUGAGCUUUACACAAGGAAAUUAUUUAUGAAGUUUCAAGAGGAGUUGGUUGAGACAAUGACUUUUUUGGCAACCAAAGUUGAUGAGGAGGUAAUCACAACAUAUCAAGUUGCGAAAUUUGGGGAAAAUCAUAAAGCUUACUUUGUUUCAUUUAACAUUCAUGAGAUGAAAGCAACUUGCAGUUGCCAGAUGUUUGAGUUCUCUGGUCUUCUUUGCAGACACAUACUGACAGUUUUUAGGGUGACAAAUGUUCUCACUCUACCAUCUCAUUAUGUUUUAAAACGUUGGACAAGGAAUGCCAAGAGUGGUGUCAUAUUAGAGGAACGUGCCAGCAAUCUGUGGAAUGGUUCACGAGAAUCACUAACUGUUCGGUACAAUAAUCUUCGUAAUGAGGCCCUUAAAUUUGUUGAUGAUGGAGUUAAAACUGCAGAAAUUUAUAAUGUGGCGGUGGGUUCUCUUCAGGAAGCUGCAAAUAAAGUAGCUCUUGCUAAAAAGAAUAGCGGGAAAAGUGCCUUUGUCAAUGCAACUGGCAGAGAAGAUUGUCUGCAUCAAGGAAGUGUAGCAACUAAUACUUGUGGGGGUCAUCAAAGUGGUUUAGAACAACCUCUGUCUGUGGAUGAGCAAGACAGGAGAAUCCAAAAGCUAGCGCACCAACUUGAACGUGCGCGAAGAAAAUGUGAAGUGUACCGGGCGAAUUUGCUUUCAGUUUUGAAAGAUAUUGAGGACCAAAAAUUACAGCUUUCAGUUAAAGUUCAAAACAUUAAGUUAGGAAUGAAAGACUAAGAUCUGAAUGGCAUUGACAGUACUCUCUCUCUCUCUCUCUCUCUGUGAGUCGAAAAAAAAAAGGUGGGGAGGGGGUUGGGUUUUGAAUUGAAAUGACUCGCCAAUUUAUGCUGCAUUUUGCUCUGGCUUUCUUAUCGACACCUUUCAAUUGUAAAGAGAAGUAUCUCUUCCAUGACCUCUAUCCUGCCCUUUCACUGGGUGAGUGCCUCUAUGGGAGAGUGGAGUUGAAUUUGGUAGGUUUUGGUGAACAACUUUGUUAGGGAGAGAAAGAGGGGAGGCGGGGGAAGUUGAUGUUGAAAAUUACUACUGUAAAUUGCAUUGUUAGUCCCGCGCUCAAUAUUUUUCCCGCUUGGAAUAUGGAAAAUCGCAUUGCAUAAACCCUCUUUUAAGGCACUGAAAAUGGAGGUGAAUAUUUUGUCGCA